CGGCCUUGGAACAGGACACUUCAAUAGUUCGUGAUUUGGUUGCGAUGAUUCUUUGCCAGUAACAUGGUGCCACCUAUGGUGACAAUGUCGAAACGAUACCUCAGCAUCUCAAAGAUACAUAUUCAGUGAAGCGAAGGCAUUGCGCUCUGAAGGAACGCCGACGUCUAAUGCGAUAGCCUUUGGUUAGCAACGUGGAUUCUAUUGACUGGAAACGAAUAACCGGUAUUUUUCCCGAACGGUCUUUUACUUAGUGAUGCGAAUAGAAACAAGUUCAGUGUAUUAAAAAAUGUAUAUCAUCAUCAUGGGUGGAUUAUUAUGACACGAUUGGAUAUUUCAUUUAAUUUCCAUGUGAAGUAAACUUUCGUUGACGUUCAAUGCAUUUCAGUGAUUUGGAAAUUCAGGACAAUUGACUGCAAAAGAUCGAGCUAUUUUAGUUGAGUUGGUCGUGGACUCUGUUAUGGGUUCUGUUGCCAUGUUACAAGUGUCAUAGAUCAAUAUCGGGAAUGGUUUACGAAGUGAUAUUUUAUAUUUUAUGAUGUGAAUCGGUUCCGCCGCGUGGCCUGGAGAGAAAGUUGCUCAUGUCUGAGCGUAAUGAAUAAUCGGUGGAUCUUUGGCGUGGUUGGUGACGGUCGUUAAAACUACACGUUGUCUUGUAUUUGUUUCUAAAUAACAUAAUUACAUUUAUGAACGUAAUUUCAAUAAUUUGACCUCAUUGAAUUAAUAUCGACGACGUCCACUCUCAAAGAUGACCGUCUGUAACCUCUUCUAUCCUAUGAUGUUGUAUUCCGAUGAAGAAGCGACAUUGUCGUCAUUAAAAGGCUCAGCGUUGGGAUAAAACAAGAUGUCAACUCUAUACUGUCAGAAAUCAUAUAGAAUUUCAAAAAAGUGUGAGAUGUGAGAGAAUUACAUGGGCGACAAGCGUUUAAGCCGACACCGCAGUAUAUAUCAUAAAUACAAUGCUGAGGCAGGAUUCUACGGGGAAUUUAAGCGGUAUCAUGGAAGGAUCUGAUCUCGAGCUGGAUACAUUGGAAGGUGUCCAGAGUGACACGACCGCGGCAAGUGUUGGGGGAGAGUCCCAGACGGGCUCAAGACUCCCCCCAAAGACACCUCCGAAUCGGAGGAGAAAUCAGGCCAAUGUGAAUUCACCUGCUUUGAUCCAUUUCGGUGAUCAUUACCCUGAUAAUGGCUGGGGUUGGGUGAUAUGUGGAGCCGCAUUCACGGUGCACUGUCUUGCACAAGGGAUACACUGGAGUUUCGGGACUUUCUACAUGAACUUCAUUUCGGGACUGGCGCUGGAUGACGUGGAUGCCGUUUGGCUCGGAUGCUUCAGCCACAGUGGGAUGCUACUGGUCUCACCCAUUGUCACAGCCAUCUGUAAGCGAAAGAGUCCACGCCUGCUGGCCGUCUGUGGCGGUAUAGUGUCUUCCCUUGGCUGCCUCUUCCUCUCAUUCUCAACAGAAUUCUACCAACAUUUCAUUAGCUACGGGAUACUCGCCCUCGGAACCAGCAUCACCAUGACGACUGCUAACAUCAUGGUGGGACGCUACUUCAAAGUGAGGAGAGAACUUGCAGAACUGGUCGUGAUUUCAGGCUCUGGUCUUGGACAAAGCGUGAUGUCUACAUUUGCUGCUAAGCUGAUUCGUGUGAUAGGCUGGAUGAGAGUAAUGCAGUGUUUCGCCGGUUUCAUGUUCCUGACCUUCGUCUCUGGGUGCCUCUAUCGCUCAGCCUCUUUAUACCAUCCGAGAAGAAAGGUCAUCCUUCAUAUGAAAAAUCAAAAGCGGCCGAAAACCGCGCAACGAGACACGCCGAAGCCUCCCUAUCGGGACUUUAGGGCCUUGAGGAUGAGGAUCGUUCAAGUUAUUGUUCUAUCUGCUGCAUUGGUUUCAUUCGGAGUCUAUACGCCUUUUAUAUUUGUGAUAAAGGCUGCGCCCAAGGACCUCCUCGAAGCUCCUGAUCUUUUCUUCAUCCUUCCGCUCCUCAUGGGUCUAUCUUUCGUAGUUGGAGUACUAACCGUCGGAUACAUAGUGGUGCAGAAAAACGAAUCAUGCGUGGUCUCAAGACAAUAUCUGUGCCAAAUAACGGGAAUUGGGUGUGGAGCAGUGUCCAUGAUGUUCCCGAUUGCCAAGGACUAUACUGCUCAUGCGCUCUGCGUCACCGCAUACGGACUUUUCAUUGGCGCGUAUUAUUACAGUUUGAAGAUGUUGACCUAUGAACUUGUGGAGGUGAAGGUCAUGGAGAGAGCGUGGAGUUAUAUAAUGUGUGCCCAGUCGGCUGGAAUACUUGUUGGAACGCCUACUGCAGUGUAUCUACAACAAGCGACCAACGUAGAAGAAGGCGGGUUCUAUUUCACCGGUACCUGCAUGAUACUUGGGUCCGUGGUACUGUACGCCUUACCAUGGGCGCGGUCCCACCCAUCAAACGAAGCCAUCAUGGACGAGGUCAAUGCAGAGGCCCACAACAUUGACGUCACAGUGGCGAUGAUACCGGAAUUUUUUGGUUUCGCACAAAACGAAAUUUAUGAAAACAUCCGCGCGGAGGCGAAUUCGACUCCCGUGAACAGCCCAGUGACUGCAUCAACUCCUCUGUACGACCGGCAACAGAGGGUUGCGCCGUACAACAUGCCGCCGAAUCCAAACAAACCAAGACAUAUCAGACUCAAACAUAAAGCGCUGAAUAAAUUGGUGCAGGAAAUUAACGGACACGUGAACCAGGCUGGUUGUGACUUGUCCUGGUCCUCGAAGACUGUGCAGUGCGUCAGUGAGCGGCAAAUGGGUGCAGAGGGUUCCCUGUCUCCAGGGGUAUUCUGCGACCGAAUGCGGACAAUCAGCGCGCCGAACGUGGCACCGCAACUGAGGGAUUCCGCCUUGUCUUCACAACGAUUAGUAUUACACAAUGGCGAGGCGCAAGUGAUUACAAGUUUGUAGUUUGCGCAGGAGGAUGCUCGGGCGAUUGCUAGCUUAUUGUUGGAUAAUGAAACGCAUGGAGAGUAUUACUGAUUCUCUUCUAAAGGGGUUUACAUCCGAAGCCGAAGCCAUGAACCCCUUUAGGAGAAACUGAGUAAUACUCUCCAUGCCUCAGAAAUGACCAGACCGGCAUUUACUCCAGUAUGGCCGAUUGUGACUUCGUCCUGUUAUGCCUUUGCGACAGUCUUCAGUAUGCUCACCAUGAAGGUAUGAUAAUUACUCCAAUAUGAUCCCACUUUGAGACAGUCUGUGCCAGUGUCGCAUAAUACGAACAUACUCCUAGUUUUACAGAUCCAAGACUGCUUUGUUUAUAACUAAAAAAUGGACACAACUGCCUAGUCGGAACAGGAUGUCUGAACAAUCACAGAACUUGGUGUCACUAACCCAUUUUCUGUUCAAAUUGAACAUUCCGAUCAGCACCAUGUGCGCAACAUUGUUUCUUGUCCAUUCAACCACAUUCUUAGAUCAGUAAAAGAAGAGAAUCUGAG